AUGCGCGAAGUCAUCGACAACAUAUUAACCCCCUACUUCACAGAAGGGCGUUAUAUCGGCAACGACUUCGCCGACACAAAAAUCGCAACCGACUUCGACCUCCUCCAAUUCUACGCCCUGCUCCUGCUCGGCGUCUAUAUACUCCACACCAUCUUCAGCUUCAUCAGCCGCUACUUACUCAACCGAACGGGCCAGGACAUCCUCUUCAGCCUCCGCGUCCAGGUCUAUGACCACCUCCAGCACCUGGGACUGCGCUUUUACAACGACCGCAGCACUGGCGAAUUGAUGUCGCGCGUAACCGCCGACGUCGAAUCCCUCCAAAACACCAUCACCGACACCCUGGAACGCGUACUCGUCAAUAUCGCAACCAUCCUCAUCUUUGGCGGCAUCCUCUUUGGACUCAGCUUUGAACUCGCCCUCAUCACCUUAUUACCCCUGCCGCUAUACAGCGUACUCAUCAUCUUCUACAACCGCACCGUGCGCCCCUAUUACACCAUGGCACGCGAGCGCAUUGCCGACAUCAGCGCCCUCCUGCAAGACAACCUCUCGGGCAUUCGCGUCAUCAAAUGCUUUGCCCGAGAGGACCACGAACUCUCUCGCUUCACCCAAAAAUGCAAAGCCUUCCUCACCAUCAGCAUCACCAUCAUCAAAACCCGCGUGGCUUUUUUUCCCGUUGCCCGAUUGGUCAUCUCAAUGGGACCCCUCCUCAUCCUCCUCUUUGGCGGGCGACAAAUCAUCUCGGGCGAACUCACCAUCGGUACCCUCUUCGCCUUUCAAAGCUUCCUCUGGCGCUUCUACGGCCCCGUAGAAAGCCUCACCCGCAUCAACGACACCAUCGUGCGCGCAGCCGCCUCAGCGCGUCGCAUUUUUGAAAUCCUGGACACCCAACCCGAAAUAAAAGACACCCCCAAUGCCCAAACUUAUGGGCGCCUGAAUGGCCGCGUCGAAUUUCAGAACGUCACCUUUGCCUACGAACACGGACCCCCCGUCCUCCACGACGUCUCCCUCAACGUACAACCCGGCCAACUCAUCGGCCUCGUUGGACCCAGCGGCGCGGGCAAAACCACCAUCAUCAACCUCAUCUGCCGCUUCUACGACCCCGAUUCCGGAACCGUGUGCGUUGACGGUCAUGACCUCAAAAACAUGCAACGCGCAUCUUUGCGCAGCCAAAUCGGCAUGGUCUUACAAGAGCCAUUCCUAUUCAACGGAACCGUCCGCGAAAACAUCGCAUACGGCAAACUCAACGCCACCGAAGCCGACAUCAUCAACGCCGCCAUGAUGGCCAACGCACACGACUUCGUCUGCGGAUUCCCCGACACUUAUGACACCCACAUUGGCGAACGGGGCGUGCGCCUAUCCGGCGGCGAAAAACAGCGCAUCUCCAUUGCCCGCGCCCAUCCUCAACGACCCGCGCAUCCUCAUCCUGGACGAAGCCACAUCCUCUGUUGA